GUCUGGACUGGUCGCCAUAUUAAACCUGACGGAAUCGGCGACGGUCCGCGGUAGGGAUCGCGAGGGGGCCCUUUCCAAAACAAAUCCCGAUAUACACCUUCAUUUCCCUUUUUCGCCCCGGAAAUCAUUUAUGCAUCGGACUGAAUAAGGCAGUGUGUUCUCAGACAGGUGUUGUCUGGGACGGAGGUUUUGUUUUAGUGUGUUUGAGAGGGAGAGAUGAGUACUUUGACCCAGCGGAGCUCCGGCCUGGUGCAAAGACGCACCGAGGCUUCGCGCAGCGCUGCUGCCGCCGACAGAGAGCGCGGAUCCGGCGACGAGGACUACGAGCCCCGCCGCGGAGAAGAGCCGGAAGACGAUGACAGCGGCGACUCCAAAGAAACCAGACUCACACUGAUGGAGGAAGUGCUGCUGUUGGGCUUAAAAGACCGAGAGGGUUACACCUCUUUCUGGAACGACUGCAUUUCGUCAGGCCUGAGAGGCUGCAUGCUCAUUGAGCUGGCAUUACGAGGGAGACUGCAGCUGGAGGCCUGUGGCAUGAGGAGGAAAAGCCUGCUUGCCCGGAAGGUUAUAUGCAAGUCUGAUGCUCCAACAGGGGAUGUGCUGCUGGACGAGGCUCUGAAACAUAUAAAAGACACCCAACCGCCUGAAACCGUGCAGAGCUGGAUAGAGUUACUCAGUGGUGAAACAUGGAACCCAUUAAAGCUUCAUUAUCAGCUGCGUAAUGUCCGAGAGCGCCUGGCCAAAAACCUAGUGGAGAAAGGUGUCCUCACCACAGAGAAACAAAACUUUCUUCUUUUCGACAUGACCACACACCCCCUCACCAAUAAUAAUAUAAAGCAGCGCCUUAUAAAGAAAGUGCAGGAGUCCGUGCUGGAAAAGUGGGUGAAUGACCCACACCGAAUGGACAAGCGCCUUUUGGCUCUAAUAUUCCUGGCCCAUUCGUCUGACGUCCUGGAGAACGCGUUCGCCCCGCUGCUGGACGACCAGUACGAUCUGGCCAUGAAGAGAGUACGACAGCUGCUGGACCUGGAGCCUGAGGGCGAGAGCAUGAAGAACAACGCCAAUGAGCUGCUGUGGGCGGUGGUGGCCGCCUUCACCAAAUGAAGCAGCACUUCUGACAAAUACAACGCUUGGACUGGUAAAAUCAGGUUUGAGAAGUGGUGGAUGAAAGUGGAGUCUCGUUUUUUUUUUUUUUUUCCUUCCUUGUAGAUAAAUCUCCCUUCCUCACUUUUCUCCCUGCAAGAUCUAUCAUUGGGUUUCUCUCUCUUGUUGGAAAAGGGGACCAGUUUAUUUUGAGUGCCGAUGAGUACCUUCUCACGUUACGUUUUUAGCAUCGUUGCACAAGAUGGCUUGUUUUUGUUUUUCAAUGUUUUCAUGCUUGGGAUAUCUGUCGGGUGCUUGACCGACUAGAAAAUAUUCAAGAAUUUGAUUUCUGUUUUGUCAUCUAAUUGGGAUCCAUUUGUUACAGAAGCUGUGUAUAUUCCACAGUGGUACGGCGCAACCGAUGCUAAUCUGAAAAUAAAUACACUAAAGUGUUUAUUUUUUAAGUCGAUUUGUUGUCAGUUUGUCUAAUAAGGAAGGCUGAAGAGUAACCAAAAAAAGGUCAUCAGGGUUAGUCCUGUUGGAAUGAUAGAUAAGUUUGUGGAAAGGGUGCUAAUGCUAACAGCUAACAUUCGCGCUGCUGAAAAAAAAGCCCUGUUUAUACCUGUUGUUAAGAAGUGUUUUGGUCAAUCAGUUUGGGUGUUUAAAUCCAUCUCCUUUGUAAACUUUUGACUACUUUGUGUCUGUAAGAAGUAGAGCCGUGGUGAAAAAUUUAUUUGAGAAAUCGAUUCUCGGAUUUUCAAAAUGCAUCGUUUUCUCCGGAAUAGAUUCUGUGCUUAAUUUUAACAGCAGAUGGCGCUGUUUGAUUUACUCUCCUUGCAUUCAGUUCCUUACAAAAACCGCUUGAACUUAAAAUAAUUAAAGUUAGGAAUAGUUUUAGAGAAUUACAAAAUUGAUCAUCGUAAACUGACCAAAAGAUAAACUUGCCCAGGCACUGGGCGAAAAAUUCACAGGCAAAAACAAAAAAUGCAUAGGCACUCUUUCUUGUGAGCAUUUGAGUGUAUGAUUGAAAAUGAGCCUAGAGCACCACCUGCUGUUAAAAGCAGCUGUAAGUUCAGACUCUAUUGAACAGCACUGCAUUUAGAAAAUUUCAGAAUUGAUGCAAAAUCAAUGUCUUGAAUUAGUUUUUUUCCACGGCUCUAAUAUUAUGUUAGGAUAGAAAGUAUAAUAGGAUGUAUGAGCUUUUUGCACAGUUUACAGACAAGUGUGAAGGGAAAUGAUGAAAAAUGAUGCUGUGAGCUGUCGACUUUGUUCUGAUAGACACAAAACUAUGCAGAACAUUUCUUCAAUUAUUUUACAUGAGGUUUAGGAGAAUAGUUGAAACGCAUUCCACCACAUAAGCGUUUACACUUUAAGAGUCAAAUGCGUUUUCACCUAUAUUUGAAGUUAAACAAACGUUCACAGAUUGAUGAAAAUGUCUCUUAAAUGGAUGGAUCACGCAAAAAUGAAAAGUUGUUUACUCACCAUUCACUUGUUUAAAACUUAUUUGAGUUUCUCAUACUUGUCAACAUUGAGAUGUAAAAAUAGGGCAUACCCCCAGAAAUUAAAUCGUCGUAAAAUCUCCUUCACUUUUUAUUCACUGUAAAUAUUGAUUAAAGUUACUAGACUUAUUUACUGAAGAUCAACGAAUCUCUCAUUUUGAUCCACUUUUUAGUUUGUUUGUUUUUUUAUAACAGAGGUUAGAAGAAUUUAAGAAUCCACAGAUAAUGAAAGCAUUCGAUUACUUUCGUAACUGUUUAUGCUCAUUUAAGAUAUAAUUAUUUGUUUUUAAAAAAAAAAUAACGCCAGGAUGGAUUUGUUUACAUAUUAUUAAGUGUAUUUUUCUGUUCAAUAAUACACCCAAAUCCAUAAGUUUCACUUCUCUUUAAUUCGAGUGUACCGAAGCUGAUCUGGGAAUAGUGUCUUUAUAUGGAGCACGUCCAUCAGUCAGCAUCGUUAAGGCUCAUUUACUUGAUUGAUUCAGAGGCUGCAUAUACUACCUGACAAAAGUCUUGUCGCCUAUCCAAGUUUGCGGAACAACAAAUAAUAAUUUGACUUCUAGUUGAUUAUUUGGUAUCAGAAGUGGCUCAUAUGAAAGGCAAAGGCCUCUAAAUUACGCUUAUUUUACCAAAAUAAAAUAUGAUCAUGUCUUUAUUUUUAAUUAUUUCAUUAGGACAGUAAGGUCUGACUUUGCUUAGACAAAAGUCCUGUCACUUGUCACAGAAAUAAUGUACAGUAUAGAAUAUAAAGUCAUGGUGCAGUGAGAAAAGAAUUAAUAUUGUGUGUGACUCCCAUCAGCUUGGAGAACUGCAUCUAUACAUCUCUGCAAUGACUCAAAUAACUUAUUAAUAAAGUAAUCUGGAAUAGCAAAGAAAUUAAGAUUCUUUAGAUUCAUCUUCGAUGCCGCCUCCAUUUUACCCCAGAAAUGCUCAACAAAUGUUCAACAGAUGAUUCAUUGGAAAAAUCUACCUUCUGUCACUUUUCCAAAUGAUCAACUAGAAGUCAAGUUAUUAUUUGUUGCUCUUACAACUGGAAUCGAUGACAAGACUUUUGUCACAUAGUGUACGGACAACGAGCAACGCAUGGCUUUAAUGGGAAUGAAGUGAAUGCUGCCGUUUUAAUUGCUUACAAGCCAAUAUAAAGUGAAAGCAUAAUUCUCUUGAAAAGCUCUUGCAAUUAUAUCACAUUUGAGAUCGGCUCUUUAAGGCUACUUUUACUUCAUAGAAAGAUUAAAAAUGGGGAGGAAGGAAGAUAGGGAGAAAUACAGGAAAAUACUUAAAAGGGAUGAUAGAGGGAUAGAAUGGUAAAAUACGGGUGAAUCCAGGAAAAGCGGGAAUGUUGACAGGUAUGAUUUCUUCUGUUAAAGACAAAAGAAGAUAUUUGAAAAAUGCUGGUUGCUGGCACCAGUCAGCUUCCAUAGUAGAGGAAAAAAUACUUAGGAAAGUCAAUGGGUGGCAGCAACCAGCAAGUAUCUUCUUUUGUGUUCAGCUGAAGAAAGAAACUCAAGUUUAAAACCACAUGAGGGAGAGUAAAUAAUGAGGUCAUUUUCAGGUGGACUAUACGAGGUGUGAACAGGGCCAAAAUGCAGCAUUUUGUUGACUAGUUGGUAAACAAUGUAGAUAAGGAAAACAAACGGUUGUUCUGAGAUUGUCUGUCUGUUAUUUAUUGGUUGGGUUAUGAGCAGUUAUUUUUAUUUAGUUUUUAUUUUUGACUACAGCACCAUCCAGCCUGAUCUCAUGAGAAAACGUAAGUAUUUUACGUUUUGUCAGUUUGGUGGCUAAUUCAUACGAGUUCAGUCGUACGAAAUUGUACGAUUUUAAAAAGGAGGCGUGGCACCCAACCCCACCCCUAAACCCAACCAUCAUUGGGGGAUGAGCAAAUCCUACUAAAUUGUACGAAUUAGAUCACACAACUUCAUACGAAUUAGCCACUAAAUCAAAAAGUUACGAAUCUCAAAUCCAUAUACAUCCCAGAAAUGCUUCAAACUCUACCUCUUCACACAUUUACUGUCGUGAUUCCUCUCUCGCAUUACUUCAAGGUUGAUUUACAAUACUUUCAUGUGCCUGAGAUUGGUUGCAGAAUGAGGUGCCGUAUGGACUGUAGCUCUUUGUGGCAUUAAUGGAGCUCCAUUCAGAAAACAUUUGUUAGUCACUCGCUCCGCAGUCUACAUUUGUAUAUGCCUACCCAAAAUAAAUUUCAGGACCACAAGAGUUUACUUUAACAAAAUCUGUGUCCUCCCUGAAAAUAAACACAACUGCAGUGCAAACAGACUCGUUUUCCUUCAAUAUUUCUCCAUUGACUUAUCUAGAGGUUUGCACAAAUCCUCUUGGUUUUAAGAGAUGUUUUACGGUGGGGUUCUGAAUGUCUAAUGGUUUUCAUUUCAUCUACUCUCACCUCUAAACAAGACUAGGAUUUAAAAAAGAAUAAAUGUGUAUAUAUAUAGAGACUUUGAAAUGUGACUUUUAUAUGUAAGAGCAGAUUCCGCCAUUUUAUCGAGUCAGUAUAUUUUUGAUAGUAUUUUAUUACCAUUAGCAGUUUGGCGAUAGUUACGUAAGAUGGAUUGACGAUGCAUUGUCACAAUCUAGUUUGAUUUCUUGUGUGUUCAUGCUGCUUACCAUACAAGCUGUAUCAAUCUUCUUCAUUUUGCCUGGCAUGUUACAGUUAGCACAAGCAUGUCUUAAUUUUGUUUUUACACAGCGACGAUCUUUUGGAGAAAAAUGCCUUCGUUCAAUCAUGUUUGUUCGUUAUGUUGAUUUUCUUAUUUUUUAUUAUUGAGUUUUAUAGCAAUAAUCCACAUGCUUUUUUGUUUUGCUCUUUGUUCUUCGCCAUGGUGGUAAAUGCUGGCUUCACAAUAGUUAAUUGUAUGUAGCGAUGGUCUGGGAAAUCCACCAAUUGUUUUGAAGAGUCGACUUGAGACAUGGGGGAUUUUUUUUUUUUUUUUUUUUAAGUGUCAGAACAGUAAAAGAGAAUGAAAAUCAUGUGUGUAGCUUUAGCACUCACUAUAAAGGGACCCCAAUGUAUAUACUUUCUUAUUACCAUGAAAUAAACUAUGGUCUUGAAAGUGCCUCAAA